CCUAACACGAAAGUUGUGCCACAAUGGCGGCUUCCGUUAUAAGCGUUUGCUUUCUAUCCAAGAACGAUACUUCUUAAUAAAAUGUGAAGAACUGUCGAAAUAAUAACACUUCGACAGAUAUUCGUUCUCUUAAAAUGACAAUACAUGAUAAGAGUAUUUAAAUAGUUUUUAAAAAGAGAUUCUUGGAAGAAUUUAUAUCCGUUUUAAGACAAGACAAAUAACAUCAUUUAAAAAUGUCGAAGCGACCAGCAGAUGGUGGAGAUUCAGGUUCACAACCACCUAUUAAAAAGGUUCAAUUUGAACCCAUUCUUAUAGGGCCAAUAUCAACUCUUGAAGAAAUGGAUAUGAAGGUUCUACAGUUUCAAAAUAAAAAAUUAUCACAGAGGUUAGAGCAACGACAUCGAAUGGAAGCUGAAUUAAGACAACGCAUAGAACAAUUAGAAAAAAGACAAAUGCAGGAUGAUGCAGUACUUAAUGUUGUCAAUCGUUAUUGGAAUCAGUUGAACGAAGAUAUACGUGUAUUACUUCAAAGAUUUGAUGCAGAGACAGCUGAUGAAUCGGAAAAUAAGAAUGAAAGCGAGGCGACUACUUCUUUCCUCAUGCAAUUAUCUUCCUGGGACAAAGAAGAAUUAGAUGAUAAAUUAGCAAAUCGUGUUCAAGUAUCUAAGCGUGCUGUUUCCAAAGUUGUACAAGCAUUUGAUCGUUUAUCUCAAAGAAAUGAAAAGAUAACCCUUGCACUUAAAGGCGAGUUUGACGGAGAGGAGGCACCAAAUAUUGAUGAAGUUGUACGUAGAGCUAACGCUGAAAUACAGAUGGAAAAUAGGAAUUUACAAGCUAUAAAUAUACAACUUCAUGAAAAGUAUCAUACAAUUUCAUUAAAAAUGUCAGAGUUACAAGAUACCAUAACAGGUAAAGAUACUCUAGCAGCAGAAUUAAGAAACCAAGUUGAUGAUCUGCAGUAUGAAUUAAAUAAAGUACGUGCAAGAAACGAUAAACUUGAGCAUCAUCUAGGAGAAGCUAUAGAAAAAUUAAAAGCAUUUCAACAAAUUCAUGGAACGGACGAAAAAGGUAGCAAUAAACCAAAUACUCUUGUUGCUUCCAGUGUUUCGCAAACAAAGCUUGAGGAUUUACAAAGAGAACUCGAAGAAACACGAGAACUAGCAAAUAAUAGGUUACAAGAAUUAGAUAAAUUGCAUCAACAGCAUCGCGAUGCAUUAAAAGAAGUAGAAAAAUUAAAGAUGGAUAUACGACAACUGCCAGAAUCAGUAAUUGUAGAAACAACAGAGUAUAAAUGUUUACAGUCACAAUUUUCCGUAUUAUACAAUGAGUCGAUGCAAUUAAAAACUCAAUUGGAUGAUGCCCGUCAACAAUUGCAAUCCAGUAAAAACGCUCAUUUACGACAUAUCGAGAUGAUGGAGAGUGAAGAAUUAAUGGCUCAAAAAAAAUUACGUGGAGAGUGUAUUCAAUUAGAAGAUGUUUUAGCUCAAUUAAGAAAAGAAUAUGAAAUGCUUCGCAUUGAGUUUGAACAGAAUUUAGCUGCUAAUGAACAAACAGGUCCUAUUAAUAGAGAAAUGAGACAUUUAAUAACAUCUUUACAAAAUCAUAAUCAGCAAUUGAAAGGUGAGGUACACCGAUAUAAACGCAAAUAUAAAGAAGCUUCUACCGAAAUAUCAAGGUUUAAAAAAGAAGUGGAAGAAUUAACGACUAAGCUUGGACAACAAACUUUACAAGAAAACAAAGAAGGUAGUAAUUCGGAUGGUAGCGGAAAAGAGGAAGAUGCAUCUAAUUCGUUGCCUGCUUCGACACAGAUAAAAGAAGAAAGCGGAGUAACUAUAAAACGAGAAUCUGGUGUUGAUGAGGAAGUUGAAACAAUAGAAGUAGAUGAAGGAGAUGGUAAUAAAGGUACGCCGGAUUCUGUUACAUUGACGUCACCUACGUUAAAAAAAGAGAAAGAUAUAAAACGAGAAAAAGAUAUAAAAAAGGAAUCAAUUAAAACUGAACAUCGUGAUCCUGCACAUCGUACCAAAGAUACAAAAGUAGCUGAGUCUGAACUUGUCAGAGAUUUAAAAGCACAACUCAAAAAAGCUGUUAAUGAAAUGAAGGAAAUGAAGCUCUUGUUAGAUAUGUAUAAAGGAGUUGGAAAAGAACAAAGAGAUAAGGUUCAAUUAAUGGCUGCCGAACGUAAGACAAGAGCUGAAUUAGAAGAAUUGAGGCAACAAAUUAAAAAAAUUCAGGAAAGUAAGCGUGAAGAAAGAAAGAAGUUAGCGGAUGAAGAUGCACAAAUAAAAAUAAAGAAAUUAGAAGAGCAAGCGUAUACCUUACAGCGACAAGUUGCUUCUCAGAAACAGAAUUGUGUCUGGAUGCAGGAGGAAGAAGCUCUUUUAAAUGAAAUGGAAGUAACAGGUCAAGCAUUUGAAGAUAUGCAAGAACAAAAUUCAAGAUUAAUACAACAAUUACGUGAAAAGGACGACGCAAACUUUAAACUUAUGACAGAAAGAAUAAAAAGCAAUCAAUUGCACAAGUUAGCUAGGGAAGAGAAAGAUGUAUUAAAAGAGCAAGUAUCUACUUUAACAACGCAAGUAGAAGCUGCUAAUGUCGUUGUUCGUAAAUUAGAAGAAAAAGAACGUUUAUUGCAAAACUCUCUUGCCACUGUUGAAAAAGAAUUGGCUUUAAGACAACAGGCUAUGGAAAUGCAUAAACGAAAAGCUAUUGAAAGUGCACAGUCUGCGGCAGAUCUUAAACUUCAUCUUGAAAAAUAUCAUUCUCAGAUGAAAGAAGCACAACAAGUUGUUGCGGAAAAAACCAGUUCAUUAGAAGCAGAAGCAUAUAAAACAAAAAGACUACAAGAAGAGAUAGCUCAGCUACGACGUAAAGUGGAACGAAUGAAGAAGAUCGAAUUAGCCGAAACGUUAGAUGAAGUAAUGGCAGAGGAGUUACGGGAAUACAAAGAAACUCUUACAUGUCCUUCGUGUAAAGUGAAACGCAAGGAUGCUGUAUUAACUAAAUGCUUCCAUGUGUUCUGUUGGGAUUGCUUACGUACACGAUAUGAAACGCGACAAAGGAAAUGUCCCAAGUGUAAUUGUGCAUUUGGAGCUAAUGAUUAUCAUCGAUUGUAUCUUUCCACAUGAAGAAAAAAAUUGUAAAUCAUGAUAUAUCAUUUUGUUCUGUAACUUAUUAAUAUUUACAGA